GCAGUGUGCCGACACGAUGGCGCGUCUUCACGUCGUCCUGGCCCUCGCAGGCCUUGUGCUCGCUGUCCACGCGGAGCUUGCCGCCGCCGGUUUCUUUGCCCCUGCGGUGCUCGACGUGGACAGUCCAAAACAAAACGAGGAGGCCUUCCAAGACACCAUGCGCUGCGUUCUCAGCCGUGACGACUACAAGUUCUGCGGCUCCAACUCUGUCUCCAUUAAAUAUACCAUGUGGCGGCUCUUGGAGAAAGGCUGCAACAGCUGUACGGAAGACGAGCGGAAGGUGUACAGUUUCAUGGCGUACCUGUCCAACAACAGGCCGAAUGAGUGGCAGCAAGUCCUGAAUAUGUACGACCCCCAGGGCGAAUUCAAGAGGAAGAACGGCGAUCAGUGGAAAGAAUACGGCGUACUUGUGUAAAGCUCUUGUAUCCGGUAAAGAAUUUAUUCUUGUGUACGUCAAUAAAAGCAUUGCUUACUUUGACAAUAA